AUGGUCGGUCUUGCCUCCUUCGCUGCCUCCUCUGCUGUCUCACACAGUCAUCCCACCUUUGGUGCACUGGUGAUGUCGAGGCCACAAUCCCGCACCGGGCAUUCCACUUGCGCCCUUCGCUCCAUCCCUCGUCACCACCUCGCCUUCUGCAAAUGUGGCGGUGGCAAUGAUGGUGGUGGUGGUGGUGGUGGUGGUGGUGGUAGUGGUUUGUAA